AUGAAGACAUAUAUGGAUAGCGAUGAGUAUAAAAAAGAAGUUGAAGCAAAUGUAAAGGCAGAAAAACUUUUACAGUUGCAAAACCAAACCGUACAGUAUGAAAACUUAGCACAAGAAAGUAAAAAUAACGACGCAGCCAUGCAAAAGGCAAUGAAAAGCGCAGAAUAUAUAAAAGCUAAUAAUGACUGGUUAGAUGCCCAAGCCAACGCUAAAGCAGCCCAACUUAUAGGGUCAAUAAGGACAAAAAUACAAGCGGAUGAAGACAGUUCAAAUGAAGCUUUAAUGAAUGCUGACUUUAAGAAUGCCUUCGAAGCUCUUCAUAGUAAGGUGAAACUAGUGAACGACUUCUCAUCUGGAAAGAAACUGAAGUCUGAAGGUUUCGACAAAGAGUUAAGAGAAGUAGCACAAAAUAUGACGAAAAUAACAGAUGCAGCAACGAGACAGGCAGUUCAAAGUGCCUAUGACGCCGUUAGAGCAACUGUUGUGGAAAGUCAAGAAAAAGAGUUACAACAGACCAAAACAGACCUAGUAAAUGCUUUCUUAAAAACGAAAAGUCAGGUAGGACAUUAUGCUGCAGAUGGAACAUAUGUGCCAGCUGGUGGAACUUAUAUACCACCAAACCCUCCAAGAGAAGCACCUGCACCAGGACUACCUAAAACAUUUACAUCGUCACAUGGACACAGACACAGGCAUGCACCAAAACCAACACAACAACCAACAGUUCAAAAUCCAGCACCACAACAACAACCAAAACCAACAGUUCAAAACCCUGCACAACAACCAACAGUUCAAAAUCCAGCACCUGCACCACAACCAAAACCAGCACAACAACCACCUCCACAACCAGCACAGCAACCAACAGUUCAAAACCCUGCACAACAACAACCACAAACAGAGCAAGGACAUAAAAGAAGUAGAGAAAAAGGAAACCAAGAAUUCUUAAAAAUGCUUAAGGAAGAUUAUGGUUACCCAGAUACUCUUGACUUUAGUGACAGAUAUAAAGAAGCUAUUAGAAAGUUCAAGGAAGGAAAUACUGACCCGAACCUAUUUAGCUUUA